CUUGUCAACUCCUUGGGAUUUGAAAAGAAAAUGCCUGGUGUCAUACCCAGUGAAAGUAAUGGGCUUUCAAGAGGUAGUCCAUCCAAGAAAAACAGACUUUCUUUGAAAUUUUUUCAGAAAAAGGAAACUAAGAGAGCCUUAGAUUUCACAGAUUCUCAAGAAAAUGAAGAAAAAGCUUCUGAAUAUAGAGGAUCAGAAAUUGAUCAAGUUGUUCCUGCAGCACAGUCCUCACCUAUAAACUGUGAGAAGAGAGAAAAUUUGUUACCAUUUGUGGGACUGAAUAAUCUUGUAGAACAGCUUCAGGCUAGUUUUCUCUUAAAUCCAGAGAAAUAUACUGAUGAACUUGCUACACAGCCAAGGCGACUGCUUAACACACUCAGGGAACUCAACCCUAUGUAUGAAGGAUAUCUACAGCAUGAUGCACAGGAAGUACUACAGUGUAUUUUGGGAAAUAUUCAAGAAACAUGCCAACUUCUAAAAAAAGAAGAAGUAAAAAAUGUGGCAGAAUUAUCUACUAAGGUAGAAGAAAAACCUCAUCAAAAAGUGGAAAUGAGUGGGAUUAGCAGCAUGGAGACUGAUGGUAUGAGGAAUUCUGAAGACCAUAAAGAAAAACUCCCAAAAGGGAAUGGAAAAAGAAAGAGUGACACAGAAUUUGGUAACACAAAGAAAAAAGUUAAAGUUUCUAAGGAACACCAGUCAUUGGAAGAGAAUCAGAGACAAACGAGGUCAAAAAGAAAAGCUACUGGUGAUACAUUAGAGAUUCCUCCUAAAAUGAUCCCCAAGUGUGUUUCUGAAAAUGAGAGUACAAGACUCUCACAAAGGAAAUCAAGAGUUAAAAUAAAUUGGUUGAAGUCUGCAACUAAGCAACCCAGCAUUCUUUCAAAAUUCUGUAGUCUGGGAAAAAUAACAACAAACCAAGGAUCCAAAGGACAGUCUAAAGAAAAUGAAUAUGAUCUUGAGGAGGACUUGGGGAAGUGUGAAAUUGAUAAUACAACUAAUGGUUGUGGACUUGAAUCUCCAGGAAAUAAUGUUAAACCUGUAAAUGUUAAUGAAGUUAAGUCCAUAAACAAAGGUGCAGAGCAAAUUGGUUUUGAGCUAGUGGAGAAAUUAUUUCAAGGUCAGCUUGUAUUAAGGACUCGUUGUUUGGAAUGUGAAAGUUUAACAGAAAGAAGAGAAGAUUUUCAGGACAUCAGCGUGCCAGUACAAGAAGAUGAACUUUCCAAAGUAGAGGAGAAUUCUGAAAUUUCUCCAGAGCCAAAAACAGAAAUGAAGACCUUGAGAUGGGCAAUUUCACAGUUUGCUUCAGUGGAGAGGAUUGUAGGAGAAGAUAAAUAUUUCUGUGAAAAUUGCCAUCAUUACACUGAAGCCGAAAGAAGUCUUUUGUUUGACAAAAUGCCUGAAGUCAUAACUAUUCAUCUGAAGUGUUUUGCUGCUAGUGGCUUGGAGUUUGAUUGUUAUGGUGGUGGACUUUCCAAGAUCAACACUCCUUUAUUGACACCUCUUAAAUUGUCACUAGAAGAAUGGAGCACAAAGCCAACUAAUGACAGCUAUGGAUUAUUUGCAGUUGUGAUGCAUAGUGGAAUUACCAUUAGUAGUGGGCAUUACACAGCUUCUGUUAAAGUCACUGACCUUAAUAGUUUAGAACUAGAUAAGGGAAAUUUUGUGGUUGACCAAACGUGUGAAAUAGGGAAGCCAGAACCAAUGAAUGAGGAGGAAGCAAGGGAUGCAGUUGAAAAUUAUGAUGAUGAAGAAGUGUUGAUUAGAGUUGGUGGAAAUACACAGCCAAGUAAAGUUUUGAACAAAAAAAAUGUAGAAGCUAUUGGACUUCUUGGAGGACAAAAGAGCAAAGCAGAUUAUGAGCUAUACAACAAAACAUCUAAUCCUGAUAAGGUUGCCAGUACAGCAUUUGCUGAAAGUAGAAAUUCUGAGUCUAACAAUACUAAUGGGACCCAUGAAUCUGAUAGAAACAAGGAAUCCAGUGACCAAACAGGCAUUAACAUUAGUGGAUUUGAGAACAAAAUUUCAUAUGUAGUGCAAAGCUUAAAGGAAUAUGAAGGGAAGUGGUUGCUUUUUGAUGAUUCUGAAGUGAAAGUUACUGAAGAGAAGGACUUUUUGAAUUCUCUUUCCCCUUCUACAUCUCCUACAUCUACUCCUUACUUGCUAUUUUAUAAGAAAUUAUAGAGUGAGUGUAUUUUCCUUGUAUAUAUAUUAAACAGACCUGGACAAACAUUGGUAAAGUCAAUUACAUCAGAGUCUAGCUUAUCUUUUGAAGCUAUUGGAUAUUAUUGGUCUCUCUAGGUUUUUAUAUAAAUAGUGAAAUUUGAAAUACUGAAAACCAUGUUAAUUUUUAGAAUUCAUUUUCCUUAGAGACUAGUGAUGCAUUAGCUUCUGGGAACAAACUUGUAUAGGUUCUUAAUUGAAUUAUAUGAAAUGGGAAGCAUUUAAACACUUGGAUUUACACCAAUCUUUUGUGUUUGCUUUUAAAAAUAAAGUGCUUGUAUUUGUAUUCUCCAUAUUUUGGAGUAAUUAUCUACAUGAUGUUUAUAGCUCUGUGGUUUUUCACUUAAACAGAAUCUCAUUCAGUACAUUUAGUUUUAUAACAGGAAGCCAAAUCUUUGGUGGGCUGUAUCAAGAGGCACAAAGUCUAGAAUGUGUAUUUACAAUGGUCUACAUUUUGUGCCUUGAAUCACUUUGAAAAGUGUCUCAGAAAACCUAGACAGUCCUCUGUAUCUUCAUAAGAAUUUUAUAUGUAUUUAUGAAGAUGAUUCUGUAUUCUAGUAAAUCUUUUUGGGCAUGGACUAAUUUGUAUCUCUUCAUACUCAUAUUCUGCACGAUCUGUAUAUAGUACAUCAAACUUAGAGGUGUGACCUUAAAUUUAACUUUUUUUUAAAUACUGGGAGGUCAAUAAAAUUUAAACUGCUUAACAACUA